UCAACGAAUUUUUUUUACAAAAAAAAAAGCUCGCGAGCUUUUCAGACGCCGGUAUCCGUUUGCCUGCGACUGACGCAUGUUCGAUUUCUUUCAUCCCUUACGAUCAGUGUGACAAUUAUAUGUGCCGGAAAAAAUGAAACUGUAUUACGUAUGCACGCGAUGAUCGAGCUUUUUAUAACCAACGUCGAGUGAUUUAAAAAUCGGGCGUGAGAAUAAAAAAAUUCGCGACAAAUCUUGUUGAGCGCACAAUGUCGAGUACGGAAAAAUCGCACCACCAUCCCGACCUGAGGAUCCUGCCAAAGUUGGCGUCUGCUGCCCCGGAAAUGGGUCGCUCAUACGGGAGCGGAAGAAGUUGCAGAUCCGGUUCCGAGGAUCUGGAAAAAAUUGUAAAUCGGGAGUCGAGGGACGGGUUUUUAAACUUUGAGAAGUCGAUCGGUCACAGCUUUGCUCUCGAACUCCGUCGUGACGUCGUCGUCGUAGUCGGGAUAAUAAUCAGUGUCGAAUUGACGCUGUAAUAACACCCCGGCAACCGCUCAUCUCCGAGGAGAAUUACACACACGGAGUUACACGACCUCGUAACUAUAAAAACGUGACGGUCGUCAUGUCUCGACAGAGCAAAGAUCCCGUGCAAAAGUGCCAUUCCGAUCCUGGCGGUGGUGCACCAGGAUCUCCCGCACGUGCAGCUUCUGACGCUGCGAUUGCAAAAAGGACCUCGAGGAGAUGUCAAAAACAUCCUAACUCAAUCGGCGGAUCGCCCCUCGCAACAGCAACUAGAAAAUGCGUCCUCACUUUGGACGGUUACAGCUACGUUAUCGUCGCAUCGCCGCCGGACCGAAGAGUCACUAAAGACGAUAUCGGGCUGGCAGAGGCUUCCUCCUCGAUUUCCGCAACAUCCUCAACUUAUGCCGCAGCCUCUUCUCACGCCAAAUUCACAAGCAGAAUAUCCACCGACCUCGCAAACGUUGGUCCAGCUUUACGCACGGCUGCCGGCGGCUCUUCCUCAUCUUCAACCAGCCUCCACUCUCCCAGCCAGAACGGUGAGCGAAUCAAUCAAGGUGCGUUGACCAUAGUCCGCCGUAGUUCGGGAAAGGGAAAAACGUCGCGAGGCGGAAGUGGCGGAAACUCAGAGACGGGAUCAUUAUCGGGGGUUCCCGAACCCGGAGGCAGAGAAAACCUCCGUUUCAUCGAUCUCGAAUUAACAGCGGACUCUCUUCCUGCCGUUGAUACGCCGGAUGCGUGUGACAAAGCGGCUCUAAGAUUACGAUGUCUUCUGAAGCAGCUUCAACACGGCGAAAUAUCGGCCGAACUUUUGCAACAAAAUCUCAAUUAUGCAGCCAGAGUUCUUGAGGCAGUUUUCAUCGAUGAGACAAGGGCGGCGACCGAGUCCUCCAGGUCACCGCGUAGGGAGGGCCAAACAUCAAAUCCUGGUGGAACGGAUGCGGAGGGACCGGGUGGUCACGUGGUCACGCAGAAACGGAAGCUUCGCACCCCCAUUUGGGCAAGGGAUCAGGCGGAGCCGCGCCAGGAGAAGACAGCGUCGCGACGCCAACCUGGCGCGCCUUAUUGUAGACGAUUAGCGGACGAGGACGAUGAGUUGUCAGAGGUUCAGCCGGACGCGGUGCCUCCGGAAGUUCGUGAAUGGUUGGCAUCUACCUUCACAAGGCAGCUGGCAACCACUCGACGUAAAGCUGAUGAAAAGCCAAAAUUUCGAUCUGUGGCACACGCUAUCCGGGCUGGAAUCUUUGUCGACAGAAUUUACAGGAAGGUUACCAAUACCGCUCUCAUGCAAUUCCCCGAGGAGGUUGUCGGCGUUCUCAAGACGCUGGAUGAUUGGUCAUUCGACGUCUUCUCACUCAGCGACGCAGCUUCCGGAGCGCCGAUACGGUACCUUGGUUACGAUCUACUGAAUCGUUACGGAAUGAUCCAUAAAUUCAAGGUCCCGCCGUCUGUUCUUGAAAGUUUUUUAGUCAGGAUUGAGGAGGGUUACUGCAGGCAUAGAAAUCCCUAUCACAACAAUCUUCACGCUGCCGAUGUCGCCCAAACCAUGCACUACGUUUUAUGCCAAACUGGACUUAUGAACUGGUUGACGGAUCUGGAGAUAUUUGCGACCCUUGUCGCAGCUAUAAUUCAUGACUUCGAGCACACAGGAACGACGAACAAUUUUCACGUCAUGUCUGGCAGCGACACGGCGCUUUUGUACAACGACAGAGCGGUCUUGGAAAAUCAUCACAUAUCGGCGAGUUUUCGGAUUCUCCGCGAGGACGACUGCAACAUACUACAGAAUUUCUCCCGGGAGGAGUUUCGGGAGUUUAGAUCGCUGGUGAUCGAUAUGGUGCUCGCAACCGACAUGAGCUUCCACUUUCAACAGUUGAAGAACAUGAAAAAUCUUCUCAGUCUGACCGAACCGACAGUAGACAAGAGCAAGGCCGUCAGUCUCGUUCUUCACUGCUGCGAUAUUUCCCACCCGGCAAAGAGAUGGGAUCUUCACCACAAAUGGACCAUGCAGCUUCUCGAGGAAUUCUUCAGACAGGGAGAUAAGGAGAGAGCACUGGGUCUACCGUUCUCACCGCUAUGUGACAGAAACAACACUCUAGUGGCCGAGUCGCAGAUCGGUUUUAUCGAAUUUAUCGUUGAACCUAGUAUGCAGGUCUGCAGUGACAUGCUAGAGUCGGUUCUUGCGCCGUUGAAUCCCAAGACGGACGUUCCUCAAGAAUCGGACCCUGCAGCCGGUGAGAAUAGGUUUAGAAUUAAAAAACCAUGGACCCAUUGUCUUGCGGAGAAUAAGAAGAUUUGGAAAGAACAGGCGGCUAAAGACGCAGAAAUCAGACUACAGAAAGAACAGGAACAGAAGGAAAGGGAAGAACUCGAGCGAGAUAAGGGAAAAAAUUCACUGACUACAGCCGAAGAGUAGCGGUUAUGUACUGUAUUAUAAAUGUCAGCGAAUAUAAAUAAAUAAAUAGAUAUAUAUAUAUAUAUAUAUAUAUAUAUAUAUAUAUAUAUAUAAUACAUGAAUAUGAGCGAAUGAACGGGCGAAUGAAAAAUGAUAAGUGCAAUUGAUUGAUCGAUGCUUUUUAUGAUAAAUAAGCUUAUAAUAUUGAACAAGGCGUUGAUAUAGCGUAUAAAUAUGAAUGUAUAUUAUACGACGGAAAGUAUAUGUGUAUAUAUGUAUAAUUUAACUACUCUGACAGACUGAGAUCGCAUAUACUAUAACAUAUUAUACAAUAUAGGUAUAUAUAUAUUAUAUUCGAUCGUAGUUUCAGGAAAUACUUAUGACGCUAUGUAUGCAAAAUACAUAUAUAAUGUGGUAUAUUAUGCCUAGGUAUAUCUGUGUAAAGUUUGCACAACAGGUUGCACGUGAAUUAGGUUAUUUAUAAUUUUUGGGCAUAAACGUUUGAUAUAACGAUUCAAGUGUGGAAUUACAUCGGAAUUACAGUUUGGUUGCACAUGUUCUGCGAAAUAUACUUUAAAUAAGUUUCACGCAGUGAUAAACUGAUCAUUUAUAAUCGCCAAUUAAUUAUGCUAACUAUGCAAACAUUGAAACUAAUAUCAGGAAAAUCAAUUCAACGAAUUGAAUAUACCGAAAAAUUUUUCUAAAAUUCAACAUGCCAUGUUUUCGCUAAAAUUACGCUAAGGAGAAACAAAAAAUUUUGUUAAAUUGCGAAUCUUUGCGCAAAAAUGAAUCUCAGAUCUUGUUCAAACUAAAAUUUUCACUUUUUUAAUCUUCUCUUUUUUUUUCAAAUUGCUGGUUACUAAACUUUGCGUCAAAUGAAUUUACAAGCAUUCCACCACGUCCAUUUUCCCCAAACUAUUUUAUCACUUUGAGAAUUAUUUAUUAUUGUAUGUUGUUAAAGAUCGUGCGGAUAUCAUUAUAUGUACCUUGUUAAAAAAAAAUGCAACCAUGAUGAUGCAUAGUUUAACAAAAAAAAAAGAAAAAAAAAGAGUGACGUAGAAUAAAAAUGAGAAAAAGAAGUGAAAUUCGAACAAAUAAUAUAUUAUACCUAACCGUACCAAUACAUAAAUCUUACAAAUAUAUAACUAAUACAAAUAUGCGUAACUUAAUUGUAAUAAUAUUCUGAUAAGAAAAUAAAUAUUAACCCAGCUGGCCUGGCGCUGAUUAAAUUAUAUAAUUGUACUGUGAAAUUGCAGAAACAAAAUGUGUCUAAAAAGAAAAAAAAAAAAAAAAAUUGAUAAUCUGUACAUAAUAAAUGUAUAACGGUGAAAAAAAAAUCUUGCGACAAAGCUUUAAAAGAUAGAAAGAAUUAUAUAACGUACCUACACAACUAUCUGUAGUAUUUAUUCUGUAUGAUUAUGCAAAUAAACAUAUAUAUAUAUAUAUAUAUAUAGGUAUAUACUUAUGCGUAUAUAUGUAUAAAAAUAUAAUAUGAUUAUGUAAAUAAGAAACGGUAACAAAGUGAACAUAGAAAAGAAAAAAAAAAAAAAGAGAAAAAAAAGAAACAAAAGCAAAAACUCGUUACUCAAAUAAUGAUUAUUAUUUAUACUAUGUACCUCUUGUGCUAUAUACCAUACCUAUGUAGGAGUGUCAAAUGAUUUAUGGAAUUUGCGGGUGAAAAAUAUUGUACAUGUAAAUUAGCCAUAUAUAUUAUCCGGAGAAUACACAAUAUGAUAGAUAAUUGAAAGUAAUAAGAAACCGUCUACAGAACGCAUUAUUAUCUUUAUUUACGUACAUACCGAUGUAAUAAUAUAUAACGUGACGUCAUUACUGUAUUUUAUUAAUUCGAGCGUACACCGCAAUACUUCACUUAUUCAUGCAUAUUGUUGGAAUCAUUUUUUACUUACCUUUCUUGAUGUUCUUCUUUUUCUUCUUAUUAUAAAAAUAAGAAUAACAAGAAUAAUAAUAAUAAUGAUAAUAAUAAUAGUAAUAAUAGUAAUAAUAGCAGAAUAAUAAUAACAACAACAAUGAUGAUAGUAAUCGUAAUAUGAAUAUGAAUAACAUUUCUUUCAAUCACCUACGUAGAAAGAGCUACGACAAUUUAUUAUGAUAAUAGGUAUAUUGCAUAAUGUGCAUUAAUCUUGAACUGCUAUCGAAAUCUGCAGCUUGCGCUCGUAUAUCUUAUAUAUAUGUAUAAAAUACAGUUUAGUAUAAAUAUAACGUCGAUUAAUUAAUAUUAAUACAUGUAGUCCGUAUAUACAUAUGUAUGGUAGAUACGUAUACGUGAAUAAGUGAUGUAGUACAAAGAAAGAAUGAUAAUAGUAACGAUGAAGGAAGAAAAAAAAAAAAAAAAAAAAAUACGCGCAUAUCCUACAUAUGCUUGGAAACUAUUUAAUUACAAUAUGGAUCUUGAAUUGUACACAUAUGUAAUAUAUUUGUCGCACGAUCCGAUUUUUCAAAAGACGGUCAAGUUUUACGUCUGUUCAGAAAUGCAAAGAAGACCAUCAGUUUUAAAAACAAUUUAGCGGAUAUUAAAUUCCGUACUUAUAAAUAUUUUUUGAAUUGAAAAUAAAAUUUCAGAUUUCUUUGCACACACAGUUUAUUUGCGGAAUUUAUUUGAAUCCUUUUUUUUACUCUUUUUUUCCUUCGCUCUCUCUCUCUCUCUCUCUCUCUCUCUCUCUCUCUGUAAACGCACACAAGUUUUCUUGACCUGAAUUUCGAAGGAACGAGAAGCGACUAGUUUAUCAAUAAAAUAAAAAUUCUAGUUUUUUCGUACGGAAUUUUUCACUCAAAAACUGUAUUUUAACCAUCAAAACGCACAAUACAUAUGUUUGAUUUUUUUUAAUUCAACAUAACGUUUGCGUCGCUUGGAGUGUAGAAGAUGUCGAUGCACAAUUUGUAAAUUUGAACAACGGUAUUGUCAAACAUUGUAUGGUAAAAAAGAAUUGAUACAUUUUUUAUUCACUAAAAAUUAUGUGCAAGAUUCUAAAAAAUUUCCAAGUCUAAGACCAGCAAGAAUAUAUAUAUACAUAAUAUCUAAUAAAUUAAAAUCCAUAUCCUAGCUCAGCUGCCUGCGUUUGCGCAUGUUACACUGUUUCGCUCCGGUGCUCGAUAUGAGUCGCGUUAGAAUUGAAUUAUAUGAUUGAUUCGAUGAUUCGAGUAUGAAAGAAAAUAAGGAUAAAAAUUUUUAAUAACGGGAGCUAUUUCUCAGCUCCCGAUCAAUGACCGGGAUUAUAGCUUUAUUACUUAGGUACACGCCAAAGGUUUUCAUCGUCACGCCGUGGGUUGAAUUCAGUCACGUGAAUAGAUGAAUUUUUAUUCACAAAAAUGUAUUUGUUCUUGACUUUACUGAAUUCGAAAUAAUCAAAAUAUAUUUUGUAUUUUUUAAUUGUAUAAAACCCGCUUGAAUAAAAUAAACCUAUCGUAUUUGACAUUAAAAAACAAUUCGUCACAGUCGCUUCAGUAAAUUUAAAUUUCACGUGAAUUGCAAUUGAAUUUUCAAGUUCGUUAUUGAAAAUUUUCGACAAUUUCAUCCCACGACUGACGAUAGAUACUGAGUCGCGAAUUAGUACUUAGAAACCUUUAGCUGCAGAUAAAUAAUCAAUGUACGGUGUAUAUAACGAUAAAAUAGAGGUAAUAAUAAUAAUAAUAAUUCGCAUGCCGUAAUAUAAAGUGUACCCUUUGGACUACAUUCAGCUUUAGAUUAUUGAAUUAUAAUAUCUAUAGGCGAAUUAAAUACUAUAAAGUAUGAUAUGAUGGCGUGAUAGAUUGUGACCACUAUACCCAUUACAAAUCAAAAAAAAAAAAAAAAAAAAUGAAAAACAUGGAAUAAAACCAUUCUCUAUAUUCUCUGUAUGAAUAUAAAAUAUAAUAUGAAACAAUAAUAUUAAGACUAUAGGGAUUAUAUACCACAAUUAUUACAUUUAUUAUACAUGAAACAAAGUCUAUUCUCGAUACGUUUGAAAUUAUAAUUGAUUGAUUAACAACAUCGAUGUAACUCAAAUUCUCUUAAUAUCACGAAUAGAAUUUGUAUGUUUCAAUACUCGACCAAUAAUAAUAUUGACAAACGUAAUGCUAAUGAAAACAGUAAUAAUAAUAUAGUUAUAAUUUUCGCAUAAGCUAUGUAGGAUUCAGAAUCAAAUAAUAAAUGUUUGUUAUAUAACUAUUA